CGUGUUCGUUUCUGCCUUUAUAAGCCCAUCUCUAAAGACUAUGCUAAGCUAAAUGGUGGACUGCUUAUGCGUUGGCAUUUUAGUUGGGUUUUUGCCACCGUUAAUUUAGUGAGAGUGCACCUGGCUUCGAGUCAAUGAUGACACGUCUUGGAUUUGGAAUAACAUUGCUGUUAGCGGUGUUAGCCACUGACGUUUGGACCCAAAACCCGCCCCCAGGGUUUGUGACAACAGAAUGCCUGGGAAACUUGAUGAUGAUUAUGCUGGAUAAGUCUUUUCUUGUGGGGAAACACUUCCGCAUCGAUAUUAUUGAUGUCAAGGGGACCCCUGUUUCCAUAUCUCCAAGACUAGCAACACAGUGUGGAUAUAGCCUAACCAUUGACUUCUUGGGGAAUGCCAGGUUCCUUGCUUCUGUGCUGAGCUGCUUUAUUCAGAACACAAAUGAUGAGACCUACCGGCUUGCUGUACUAAUCCGUGUUUCUCCCAAUGAUGAUAUGUCCUUGGCUUCCUCCUAUACGCAAACUAUGACUUGUGUUUAUUCUCAAUGGGCAGCAAGGGAAAUUCUAUGUGAAAGAAACUACAUGGAGGUUUCCGUAAGACGAGGCAUACCACUUAUUGAUUCAAAAGUUUCUCGGGAUGAGCCUGACUGGGCCAACAUAUAUCCUGAGGCAACUGCUGCCGACUAUGCAAUCUGGCAAGUAGUGUUUCAUCUCGCACAAAAUAAAAAGAAAGAGCUGACUGUUGCUCAGGCCAUGUUGAGUGGUUAUGGAAUAAACACUACCCCGACCAGAAUCAUGCUACGAGCUGCCUACAAUGCAACAGAAACUCAGCCUCAACUGAUCCAAACUGUACCAAUGGCAGUCCUAAGGUCAACUACCUUCUAUAAGCAAAGAUGGAUGGUCUUGAUGGUGGACACUGCAAUUGCAUGCCCUACUGAUGGUACGUCAUUCACAGAUGAGAUGAUUGUAUGGAGAGUUCCCCGUGUCAUACCUCCCCUUGUUCCUACAACACCACUUACUAGCCUCAAUGUUCAAAUGGGAAUUGAUGGACGCAAGCUUGACCCGGCAACAGUUAAUAAUAGAAGAUACGUCCUGGAUGUGGGUCCUGAGCUAAUCACAAUUAAAAUUCCAGUGGGCGCAGAUGGUGGAUAUUAUAAGAGCAAUGUCUUGAACAACACCUAUGCAAUUUCUUAUUCUAUUGCUCCAAUGCUGGAGCAUACCUGGCAGGAUGUGGAUGAGAAGACAAAGCACACGAUACUUCAUCCAAUAACCACUCCUUUGAUGCCGAGGCCACCUUUUGUCAUAAACAACACUGUUCCUAAAGACAGAGUGUUCAAUGUGACCCUGGGGAUAUUCCUGCCUGAUGUGGAUCUUGUAGAUGUUACGUUUGGUCUUGAGACUUUGACAGUGCCAGAGGCUAAUCUAAAAGGGUAUAAUAUCCAGGAGCACGUCUUUCCCAAUGGCUCCAAGACCUACAUGCUCCAGGUGCCAUUUGAGGACCCUGAUGUAAAGAAAGAGGUAACCCCUCCAGACACCAGAACUUAUAUUCUACCCCUGACCUACUUGCUGAAUAUUGUGCCAGAGAACAAGCCUUUUACCCAUCAUGCUGAAGUGCAAGCCUCUGUGAAAGAUAUCAUUCUACCUACAGUCACUGGCUAUUGUGAUGUUGCUGGAUUCUAUGUCCUGGUAAAAUAUGGCAACAUGGGUCGCAACUGGAUUCCUUAUGUGGGCUCAAGAGAACUUGGUGGAAGUUUGCUUGCCCUAUACAAGUAUAAUGCUAACUCAACAAACUUCUGGAUAACUAUGCCUUACAAUGCAAUUGAUUCCACAUAUGAAGUGAUCAAAUCUUCGGAGAUCAGAAGCAGGCUUGACUUGACCUUGAAGGAUAUUGAGACCAUGUUGGUGCUGACUAGCUUCUCUCUGUCCUGCAGUUUCCCUACAAAGAUGAUUGAUUGCUUCUCCAAUGGAACUAUGGCAGCUCUUGCUGUGAAAGUGGAAUCUGUAUCUGGACUGCUUCCAAAUCAACUAACAUUAAGAGACCCUAGCUGCAGACCCCUUCAGUCUGAUGCUGUCAGUGCAGUCUUCUACUUCAAUGUCAACUCCUGUGGAACAACCAGAAGGUUUGACAACAACCUCCUGACUUAUGAGAAUGAAGUGCUGUCUACAACCUUUGGUCCAUCUUACCGGUUAAGCAUUGUCUGUCACUAUGUGGUCAAUGGCACCAAGGUAGUACAGUUCUCGUACCAGAAUAAUCCUGCUCUUGUCGUGCAGCCUGGCUUGGGUGACCUUGUUGUCGUAAUGCGGCUUGCACUAGAUUCAACCUACAAGGACUUCUAUGGAAGACAGGACUACCCUGUUGUCAAGUACUUAAGAACACCCUUGUAUUUUGAGGUGGAGCUCCUGUACAGCAGGGAUCCACAAGCUGAAUUGUUUUUGGAGAACUGCUGGGCAACCUAUUCUGCUGACAGGGACAGCCUUCCAAAGUGGGAUGUUGUUGUAGACAGUUGUGAGAACUCUGCUGACACCUACAAGACAGUCUUUCACCCAGUCUCCAGCAACGCAAGAGUGGUGUUCCCCUCUCAUCUGAAGAGAUUUGAAGUGAAAAUGUUCUCCUUCACUAGAGACAGGACUGCACUGAAAGGGCAGAUUUACUUCCACUGCGGUGUUGUGAUAUGUGAUGCAAACAGGCAGUCAGACAGCCUCUGUAGGAGGCAGUGCAUUCCAGGGAAGCAGAGGCUUGGACGCAGUGUUGAGGGGAAGGAUGAGGUAGCAGUAAAGGCACUUGUGUCUUCAGGACCAAUCCAUUUGGAGCAAUAUGGAUCCUAUCCCUCUGAAGUCAAAACGACCCAAGCUGUUCUGUGGUUUCCUCUGGUAGCUACCCUUGUGUGUGCAGUGGUCCUAUUUAUCUCUGGGAUUGUAGCUUUUAUCCACAUACAAAAGCAUGUAUGAAAAUAAAAACUAGUAACUUGCAA